AUGACAUGUGAUUUCUUUCUGCAGAUACAUACUGUUGCCACAAAAAGCUCUCAAGUUUUGGAGCAAGCGUCCGCCGCUUUCUAUAAGCUGUGGGAGUCCCAAGUUGAUCAGUUUUUGCGCCAACCUACUUUAUCGGCUUUACAUUCUGUGGUCCAAAUUCUGGCUUUUGGUAUGGCUCUGGCUAAGCUUGUUCCGGAGAAAUAUAUACAAAAGUUAGGCCGCUUGUCUGGAAAACUGAUCGAUGUCGAAAGGAAGUUACAGAGUAGUGGUUUAGUACCGAAGGCCCACUUUUUCAGCAUGCGAGAAGUUGUUGACUUAUCUCCCAUGAAAAUGCUUUCAAUGAUAGCCGAUAUUUUGUUGCAGAAACCUGGUCCAGUUUUGGUUAUCCUCAAGCAACUUGUAUCCAUGUUUCCUGCCUUCAUAAUGGACGAACCGUCUCUAGUUAAAAUAAUCGAAAUCCUAAUGUGUGCAAUCCGUAUGCCUUCUCAAGAUAUAGGUAACACGAAUAACGAAACAAAAGAUCCCGAAGAAAUAUCUGAAGAACCAGCUGUUUUAUCUCUGGAUAUCUUCAUUAAACUAGUUACAACUUUAUCCAGUUAUGGUUCAAAAUUUAAUGAUCUCCCUAGACUAUUACUCCAGCUUUUUGAUCUACUUAGAGCUUUUCCAACUACAUUAGCUCAUUCAGAAGCUCGCUUAUUUGCAUGGUGGCAUUUCAUUUGCUGCUUAAAUUCAGAUUUACUUAUUGAUGGUUUUAGAAAGUUUCUAUCUCCUUUCUUGGCAAACCUUUUGGGACGGUACUUGAGCAUCAGUACUCCACAAGGAGAUCCUCAACUUCACCCAUACAAACUCAGUCAAGGAAAUGUAUAUGAAGGAAAUGCAAAAGCCUUUGAACUUGUUCAACAUGUAUAUAGCUGUUUUUUCAGUGAAUCUUCAGUUAAAUUUCAUCAGUUAAACGUUCCUCGUUUAUCUGUCAAUAAUCAACUAUUGACUCAAAACAGUUAUCCACUUUUGGUCGGCCUCUUAUACUGGAUACGUAGUGUUUGUAAAUAUCGUUUCUCAUUGUCUCCGGAAAAGUUGAAAAUUCCUUCUCACUGUUUACCUUCUCAAAGUGUUGAUGUAAUUUGGUGUGGUUGUGUAAAUUAUUUACUUAGAAUAUCCAAAUCAAUUCAAGAGCCACUAACAUAUAAGAAGGUUACUCCAUUUCAAUCCCCAUCCCUCUCUGUGCGUGCUUCGAGUUCGAGCUCAGCUAUUUUAUCCGUUUGGCAACAUAUUGUAACUGUAACUUGUGAAUUAAUCCAACCACACGAUUUAAUUACAUAUUCUGGUCUGGACACAAUACAAUAUUGCCCAUCUCCAUCGGAAAGCUUGAACAUUAUUCAGAACUUUAUUCAGUUGCUAGAAGAAUUUAAACUUCCAGAUAAGGAAAAGAUCGAUUUAAUAUCCUCUCUAUGUAUAAAAUCUGCGGAACUUGGGGGUUUUUGGCUAAAGGAAAAUUCAACGCGUAAAACUUUUUGUGUAUCCCAAGAUGAUUUUCAUCGUUGGGGUACUCAAAUUAUUCGUCUAAUUGAUAUGGAACCUCGUUUAAACUUGUCUAAUAAAUCAAUUACGAUACACAUUUUGCGUUUAACCGGAGAACAACAUUUUCUCAAUUUGAUUCGCCUUAUUUUAAUUGGAUUAUUAUCAGAUUUUGUGGAAUUCAUAUCAAGCAAUAUUUCUUCACAGUCAAGUUUUAACGAUGAUUCAACUCAACUUUCACUUUCAAAAUGUCCACCAGUUCGUUUUUCUCCUGAUGUCCUGCGUGUAUGGUCGGUGUUGGUUGACCGAAUAACUCAAUUCAUUUUAGAUGAACAUCGAGUAUCUGAGAAUCAGUCAGCCAUAGAUAUCGAUUUGAGUACUGUUGAAUCUGCGCUGCUAAUGCCAUUCUGGUUGGCUGGUGCUUCACAUCCGAACACAAUCAAUGGUAAUCACGAUAGUUCAUCUGAUGCUUUCCAGUACCUCUCAUUCAAAGAUAGUUUGGCUAUAUCAAUGCGCCAGUCUAAUUUAUUUUCAGCGUUUCAUCAGGAAUGUUGUUUAUUAACAACAGUUCCUACAAAUGCUUGGAUUAAUCAACUAUCCGUCAAACUAUCCACACUUAUUUUAAGUUAUGCACCCAAGGUAAUGGAAAACAUUAAUUUGCAUUUAAUUAGCCGUUUUGUGCAUUGUUUAGCCCAAAGUGCAGAAAUUUAUGAAGAAAAGGGAAAUCAGAAAGAUACACACUGUACAUUUGCUUCUGUAAAAAUUGAUGAUCAACCACUUGGUCAACUUACUGGAUUAGUUAGCUUGCUUAAUUCAUUACUGUUAUAUAUACCAUGGCUUCACCCUCCAACACAAACUGAAAAUGAUGAUUCACCUCCCUGUUAUCUAAGUGCUCAGGAAUCAACUACUCAAUGGUUGACAUCUCCUCCCGUUAUAUCCAUUCGUACUCGAACAAAUCAGUUGAAUAAUGAGAAGUCUGCAAAUAAUGUUCAUUCCAUAAAUCGAUCUGCAAAUAGUAAUCAAGUCUCUUAUGGUUUACUUGAUGCUUUAGAGACAGUUGUAUUCCUUCUUAAUAAUCAUCUUCAUGAGACAGAUUCUGUCUUGUCAAUGUUUUCUAAGCUGGAGUCGAGUUUAACUCGUUUGGUUGACUGUUGUGUAAAAGCGGAAAAAGCUGUUAUUGAAGCAGGAACAGAUCUAGAUGAACCACUUUUAAUUACUCAACACAGACAACAUGCUAAAUUAGCACUGGAGGAAGUAUUCAUAUGCAUUUGGAAACAGAUGAAAGUUGUUCCUCCCAAUGUAUCCAUCAAUAAUCCACUGUCCAUGUUUCAUACAAUUCCCGAUAAACAAGAUCUGAAAACGCCGGCUACCACUCCCGUAUUUAAUUCGGAAAUAUCUGAUUCCAUACAUCCGAUUGCUCAAUAUGAAGCUAUACUCAGCUUAUCACUCACACUGUGUGGUUACAAUGUGAAAUUGAAUCAAGAAUCUUGUGAAUGUGCACUUCAAUUGUCUGUUACUUUCAUGAAUUGGUUCAUCGGUUUUUGGAAUUAUUUAGUCGACCAGUAUUGUGUAAAACAAACUAAAAGUAAUUCGUCAAAAUUAUUAAAUUUUCGAAACUUUUUGAUUAAUUUGGAACCUGAAUUUCAAAAAAUUAUUAUACGAACAUUAAAUCCAAAUAUUCAACAAUUGACUGACUUAAGUCCUAGUGAAAAGAGUACCUCCAGGCGUAAAUCUAUUUCUCGCAAAACGCCUAAGUCGGAACCAACUAAACGUCUGUCUCGUUUAUCAAAAAGAUUGUCCUCCUCUUCUUCUUCCCAAUCGCCAGUAAUUUCUAAUAAUCUGAAGUUGAAAAUAGAAGAGAACUCUCCUAUUGAUUCUUUGGUAACCACUUCACGUUCUGAUAAAAGAUUAUCUUUUGCUAAAGAUAAAUUUAAACCAGAGAAGUCCCGGAAAUCAAAUACAAUUGUGGGUGACUUGUUCUCUGAUAUUCUUGUUUCACAGAAUAAUAAUGAUCCUAAAAAACCUUCACAUAACCCUUCUAUUCGAUCACGUCGAGGGCGCCUUUCAUUAGUAAAAGUUAAUAGUCCAAUUGAAAAAAUGGUUACACCUGUUCGACGAUCAUUUGAACAAACAGAAAAUAUUACUCAGUCAGCUCCAUCUAAUUCCUCAUCUAGGCGUGGCCGUAGAAAAGGUGUUAAUCUUUUUCCUGCCUCUCCUAAACCAUCACCUACAAAUGGUAUUAUUGCUGAAGCUUUUGGAAUUCCACCUGGUACAAGUCUCAUAGAUAAUGAAAACGAUAAUCAUAAUUGGUCUCCUACAGUAACAUCUCCUGGCCCACUUCCGUGUCGUCCAUUGGUUAAACGCCGCUUAUUCGGUGGACCACAGGAAGUGCCAGUGACAGAAAGUAAAUCAAACAAUUCUAAUCAGUUGUCAUUACAACCAACAAGGAAACGACAUUUCUCUGACUCGGAACAAAAUACCACUACUUCUUCUAAGGUUGUAACUAUUUCAACUUGUUGUGAAGAUACUUGUGAUUUUAUUUUCAUCCCACCUCAAUCAGAAAGUGUGAAGAAACGACGUCGCUGUUUAACUACUCAUCAGAAGGAACGUUUCAAAGAGCAACUACGUGAAUAUAUACCUACUAUGUACAAUGAAUUAGAUAUUAGUCAACAAUCAUGGUCUUCCAUAAGUGGUGGGGGCGGUGGUAGUGAAUCGCAGUCUCAACUUGAAUUCAGUCCCCAAUCAUCUGUCAACAAAGAUUGUCAAGAAGUCUCUGAAACACUAGAACCACUAGACUCUCAUACGAAACCGAAUGUAACAGAGGAGUUGAACAACGAAAGCAGUCAGACCGAAAAUAUUACUGUUAAGACUUCUACUAGUCCACUUUGCAUGGAAUCCGAAUGCAUACCUACGAAAGCUGUUCCAUCUCCAUCGAUUGAUCCUCUCACUGAGAAAGAAUCUGAUCUGAAGGAUGACUUUGAAAUCAUACAAGAUACUGAGACAAUUAAUACAGAAUGCGAAUUAGAUUGUGUUGAUGAAAUCUCAUCUAAAUUGAAUACAUCUGAUUUAUCCGAUCAAACAAAUUCAAAUCAGUUUAACGAGUCGUUUAAUUUACCUUCAACAACUUUGCCUAAACAGUCUCCUAAAGAUGAAAACGAUAAGGUAUCACCUCCGACCAUUACUGUGUCUAUUCCACCAAUUUUAACCUCUCGUCCGAAUAAUCAUACAUUAUCUAGCCCAUUAAUAAGAGGAUCAAGUCGUGCUCAGAAAAUGCUUGUAUUAGGUUUACAAAAAGCCGCCGAACAGACUGCACGUCAGAGAUCGUCUUCCGGAGAUCAUAACAGUGGUAAUCUGUCCUUGGAUAAUAGUCCUACACUGACAGAACGAAAAUCAACGUUAAAUUUGCUGGCUUCUUCAUCUCGUUCGACACUCAAUCCUUCGGUAGCAGAUUCUCCAUCUGGUAUUAUACGGAAUUUAUGGUCAAAGAAAAAAUCUCAGCGUGUAUCGUUUGUUGAACAACCAGUAGUCUAUACAAUCGAACCGACGAAUUCUAUUGAACAAGAAUCCGAUGAGGAUUAUGAUCAUGAUAAUCAAAUUGACUUCAGUACUAAUAGAAAAAGAAUCGUAUUCAGUAAUGAUGAUGAUGGUGAUAAAUACGAGGAAUUUAAUGAUUUGAAUGGAAAUGAACCUGACGAAGUAGUAAUUAACGGUAAUGUCGAAGAAUUGAAAGAAUCCAACAAAAAGAAUGAAGAGAUGGAAAUAAAUGAGAUACCUAUGUCAAAAAUUCAAGCUGAUGUCACAUCGAAACAGAUUCCUGUUGAUUUAGAUGCUUCACAAGAUUCAUCACAAUCUGUAUUCUCGAUUACUACAGAAAUCGAUAAAGAAACAACUCCCAGUACGUUGUCAGAAAAUAGUUUUGAAUCAAGUCUACAUCAUCGUCGUAAAUCAGCUUCUCCUCAACGACGGGAAUUACCGAUUAAAAAAGUCUCAUCUGGAUAUAAGUAUCAAAGUUCUAACCAACUUUUAAAGUCAUCCAAAGGUAGACCGUUAUUCAUGGAGCCUGUUCAUCAAACAGAAGUGAUUUCCUAUGAUUCAAAAACAAGUGAAUCAACAGAAUCACUUCAUAUGAAUAAAAAAGAAAAUAUCCUUGUAAUCGACAGUGAGUCAACCUUGAUAGCAGAUACUCAGUUAGAGGAAAGUACUCUGCAAACAAAUGACACCGGUGACAAUUCUUCUCGCUCUAAUAAACAAACACAAGAGGAUGAAUUUGUUACUACUGAUGGUUAUGUUGAUGAUGAGUGCAUAUUAAUAGAAGGGAGUCAAGGUAGUAGUCAAAUCAAUAACACCGAAGAUCAGUUGAUUUCUUCAAUGAAUAGUCAAAUAAAUCAAUAUAACUUCUCACCUAUCAAUGUAGAGGAGAGUUCAGAAAUGAAUAAUGAUAAUAAUAGUGAUACAAAGGAUAAUAGUUCAAGCUCUCAAACAAUUGCCAUCUUAACAGAUAAUAACGACACUAAUGAUAAAAAUGUAGUAACUUCUAGUCUCAUUGGUCCUAAUGAAACCAUUGAUGAACGGGAUGUUACAUCCUCGACAUUGCCUGACAAUAAUAAUGAAAUCAUGAAUGAGAACAGUAAAGAGAGUGAAGUGAAGGACGAUACCGUCGGUGAUAAUAAAGAAAAUCAACCAGGAUCAACAAUGAUGAGUGACUCAACAGAAAAUGAUGUAGAAAAAGAUAUUUUAGAUAAACUAUCACAAAUCGCAACUAGUUUGCCGAUAUUGAGACCAGAACAAAGACGUGCUGUCCUUUUAGAAGCUCUUAGUACAUUCAAAUCAAUUAUGCCAUAAAUAUUAAACAGCUUAUCAUAUAUUCUCUACAAUGAGAAACAAUUUAAGAAUAAAAGCAG